AUGGCGAGUGCAAUAUACGCAAGACGCACUAUUGAAACACAAAUUCAUCCGGAUCAGGUCCAACCCACCGAGGCAGUAUAUCUCAACGACGCAUCUCUGAGAACUCUGACAACAGAGAUACUAUCCUACCAACCAAUCUCAUGUCUCUCUGAAGAAGAGAAAAUCCUCGCCAAGAAUGUCUCCCCGGAAGACACGGCUAUCACCAUGCGGCAAACUAUCCUGUACCCACAGGGUGGCGGUCAGCCCAGUGACACAGGCUCAAUCGCCCCAGCAGACGAGGAACCAACGUUCACGGUGUCUCUAGUCCGCAAGACCCAAGAUGGAAGAAUUCUCCACUUCGGCAAGCCCAAGACAGGAUCUGUAUUCACCGCGGGCCAGUCCGUUAUUCAAAGAGUCGACGAUAUCAAGCGUGAUUUCCACUCGCGACUGCAUACGGGGGGUCAUAUCGUCGGACUAGCGAUGCAGCUUCUCAUGCCGGAGAUGAAGAAAGUCAAAGCAAAUCAUUUCCCUGGUGAGGCGUGCAUGGAAUAUGAGGGAUUACUGUACAAUGAGCACAAGCCGCAGAUCCAGGCGAAAGUGGAUGAGCUCGUGGAGCAGGAUCUGCCGAUUCUGCUUUCGUGGGUUGAGGAUGCUUCGGACUUGGAAGAUAUCGAGGGCCGGGGCAAGGAUCGGGAUGGACCGGUGCGGGUUGCAAGCAUUGGGGGACUUGAUAAGAAUCCUUGUGGGGGGACGCAUGUUUCGAGGACGAGUCUAGUGGGGACUAUUACAAUUCGGAAGAUUAGUAGGAACAAGGGGAUAAGCCGGGUAUCGUAUGAGGUCUCGCCGAAGAUUUAG